AAGCGGCUGGUGCAUGCGGCGCGUGCGGCGGGCAGCGCUGGCGGCGCUGGCUUGGGCCGCGGAGGGGGCGCCGGGCCUGGGCCCGGGCCCGGGCCGUGCCUGCAGCGCCCGCCUGCGGCUGCUGCCGCCCGACGACGGGGCCCAGCCGGACCCGCAAGGCUGGAGGGAGGCGGUGGCGGCCGCCGCCGGUGCCCUGCAGGCAGGCGGUCUGGUGGCGGUGCCGACGGACACGGUGUACGGCGUGGCGUGCCUGGCCCAGGACUCCGGCGCCGUGCGAAGCAUCUACAGCCUGAAGGGGAGGAACGGAACGAAGCCGCUGGCCAUCUGCCUGGGGGACGUGGACCACCUCUACAGGUACUGCCACGUGAACGUGCCAGACGAGUUGCUGCGGGAUCUGCUUCCAGGACCUGUGACCCUGGUCUUGAAACGUUCAGAAGAACUAAAUAAAGACCUGAAUCCUUUCACAUCGCUGGUUGGUGUACGUGUCCCAAACCACCCUUUCAUCAGGGAGCUGGCACGGGCCUGCUCUGGACCACUGGCUUUAACGAGUGCCAACGUCAGCUGCCAGGGGAGCACACUGACUGUGUCGGAAUUCCAAGACCUGUGGCCUCAGUUGUCCUUAAUCAUCGAUGGGGGCCCAACAGGGGACAUCCAGAGCCCAGAGUGUCGUCUGGGAUCCACUGUGGUUGACUUGUCUGUGUCAGGCAAGUUCACCGUCAUUCGUCCUGGCUGUGCACUGGCGUCCACGGUUGAGAUCCUGAGACAGAAGUAUGGCCUGGUACCAGAGUCCCCUUGAGACUUCAGACUGAGGAGACUCUGCAAAGCUGCUGGAGCUGGGCACUGUGUGCCUGUGUGCUCAGGAGGUGGGCAUUGGUGGCCUUGUUUAAUGAGGUCAGUGUAUUAUGUCAAGGUUAAUAAACAGAAGAUUUAGGAAAAAAAAGAUAAACCCAGGAGCAACACGUGAUGGGUAUCUGCUGAUUAGUGUCAUCUCUGCUACAGUCUGGGAGACCACCCAAACAGCUCUGCUGAGCUGUGUGCUGUACCCAUCCCAGAUCCCUGCCUGCCUCAUUCAUGUGAGGCUUUUGAAGUCCAGUGAUGUGAACAUCAGACUGUUCCAGGAUGGAGUGAUGGUGUCUGACCCACCCUCCCCAUCACACCUAUCCCAGGUCUUUGUUUAUUGUCUCUGCACUUAAGGAGAAGCAAAGAUGGGAAAGAGCCUUUUCAAGCUCUUGGGAUGUCCCAGCUCUAGUGUCUACUAACCAUUUUUCUGUUCCAAAUCUCUAAAUCUAAACCUCCAAAUCAAAACCUAGCACUGAGUUCUGAGAAUGAAGAGUAUUCAGAUGAUUACUGUCUGGACAAGAGCUGCUCAGACCUGGCUUCCCUGGAUACAACUGAGGACAACCUCUUGGUGUGAUCUUGGUGGACCUCCCUGUCUCCGUAUUCUCACAACAGUGCUGAGCAGAAGGCAGUGGGGAAUGGAUGGAAGUUCCUGCUGGUUAUUUAUUCUUCACUGCAAUGUAAAGUUUAUGGAGCUGCUUUUAAUUUAAAAAUUGGUGACCAACUUGGCAGAGUUUUGUUAUAAAUGCUUGUUUUUAGACACUGUUGCCCAUCACUUUCGAUGGACUGGGGUGCUUGGCAAGAAUGUGUGUGACAGUCGUGAACAAAGCCUCAUUCCACAUCCAGAGCUGCCAUUUCUCAUUUUAUUGAUAUAGACAAGUAUAAAUUAAUUUUAUGGCUAAUUCAGAAGGGUCCAAGGAAAGGGAAAGCUGCUGUGAGCUCAACCUCUUUCAAAGCACAAAUUAAUGGUGCUUUCAGUUGCAUUUUAUGGCAAGUAUUUUUUUUUCUCCCUGUUUCAGGAGGAGAGAAAGCAAUUUU